GUAGUUAUUACUUGCAGUAACUCGUCUGUCUGAGAAUGCAAAACUCUCUGGAUUAUUAGGUUGUGCAGUUUUUUUUCUUUCCGAAAUGUGGUUUGCUUUACUUUUUUGAUGGAAGACUCUGGCUUGUGCUACAGUGUCUCAAAUAAUAUUUUCCCCUUUUUAUUUAGAAACUGAGCUUGGCAAAGCCAGGAUAUGAACAAUUAUACAGGUGGGCUACUCUGGGGGAGUGAAGAUAUAAGGCAUCCAAUCAGGUAUUGGCAACCUGCAGAACUGUCAAAAUGCCCCUCCAACAGAUUUCUGUAGUCCCAGCGCGGGAGACUGCCAGCAAUGGGAGAAGUUCAAUGGGCAGAAACAAAGAGAAGAGCAAGGAAGUCGAGGAUUUCAGACAUUGAGAAGGGAUAAGUGGAAGGAGAAAAUGUUGGGCUGGUGUCAAGCGAUAGCUCGUAACCCUCACAGACUCCCAAACAUCACAAGAACACCCGAGGUCUCAGGUGAUGCUUCACAUACCUCUACCUUGAAUGACAAAUCCCCAGGGCGCUCUACAAGUCGAUCAAGUAACAUUUCAAAGGCAAGCAGUCCUACAACAGGAACAGCUCCUAGGAGUCAAUCACGAUUGUCUGUAUGCCCUUCUACUCAGGACAUCUGUAGAUCUACCACCUUGCAUGAUGUGUCAGAAGAUGAGUUUGAACAUGCAACACCUGUCAUGGUGCUGACCCAUGCUAGUAGGGAGUCUGGUAAGAAACAAGUGAAACGAAGGUGUAGGCGGAGGAAGGAGACUGGUGACAAUAUUGAGAAUACAGAAAAGCAAAGAAAAGAGGACUGCAAAUUGUACCCGAUGGUUGCAAGCUCCAGAUGCAAUGCAUUGCACAAAGAAACAUCUGAUUCAUCAUCCUCAGAUGAGAAUCAGUGGGCUCAGGCUAGAAGGAGAGCCAGAGAAAAGGUUAAAAUGCCCAGGAGAGGGAGAAGCAGCAAUAGAUCUUGCAGUAACACAGAUGGAUCUCCAAAUAACAAUGCCAUUGAACUUGUCACUCUGGGGACAAAAGGGGAAAAGAAAAAAGAGAUUUCUGAUUCUGAUAACCACAUUUUAAAUCACCGGAGAAGGGUUUCAAGAUGUAAAGAAUCUUGCCUUUCGCUGUCUUCAGUGUCCUCUCUGGAGGCGAGGAAUUACUCAAGAAAAUGUGGAAAAAACAGGGGCAGAAGCUACCCCCGAGAGCUGCACUCUUCAUCUCAUCUUAGACAAAAUAAAGUGGUCGGGGAAAGCUUUACAGAGAGAGGCUCUGGCAGUGAUACUGUGACCGUUCCAGAAAAUGGAGAACCUGUUGGGCCAGCGCCCAAUGUGACUGAUGCAGUUCAGAAACUUCCUGUUUUAUAUGAUGACUGGUCUGAUGAUUUAGAAGUAUGCAGGAUCUGUCACUGUGAGGGAGAUGAUGAAAGCCCCCUCAUCACACCAUGUCGCUGUACAGGGACCCUACGCUUUGUUCAUCAGGCCUGCCUGCACCAGUGGAUUAAAAGCUCAGAUACACGCUGUUGUGAACUCUGCAAGUAUGACUUUAUAAUGGAGACCAAGCUCAAACCUCUCCGGAAGUGGGAGAAACUACAGAUGACAACAAGUGAAAGAAGGAAGAUAGUCUGUUCAGUUACAUUCCAUAUUAUUGCUAUUACCUGCGUUGUUUGGUCAUUAUAUGUUUUGAUAGAUCGGACUGCUGAGGAAAUUAAGCAAGGCAAUGACAAUGGUGUCCUUGAAUGGCCAUUUUGGACAAAACUGGUUGUGGUAGCAAUUGGGUUCACUGGAGGCCUAGUCUUCAUGUACGUACAGUGUAAAGUCUACAUUCAGUUGUGGCGCAGAUUGAAGGCUUACAAUCGAGUGAUCUUUGUUCAAAACUGCCCGGACACUGCCAAAAAACUGGAGAAGAACUCUUCAUGCAUUCAGAACUCUGAAACCAAGGAUGCUGUGGUAGUACCAGUAUCACAGACAGGUACAAACUCACAGCAAUCAGCUGAAGAAAUGACCUCUGAGGUCAUGCCAGUUUGACAGAGGUGGCAUUAUUUCUUCAUUGAAGGUGUGCGUGUUUUUUACACCACGGCCACUACAGAAAGUAGAAAAUCAUGCAUUUUAAAUAAAAGAACAAAAAACCCUGACCAGGGAAAUGGAUACAGUGAAGCAACAUGCAUUACUUAUGGAAUGUGACCGUUUGUGAAAUAGUGUCUCAGUCAGCCAGGUGUAGUGGAAGUGUAGAAAGCACAACAGACAGUGUCAAACAGACAUGACAAAAUGACCUUUUUAAACUGGAUGACCAGGAGGAAUUGGAAACAGACCUGCUAUAACUGUUCUGUUACAGAAAACAUCAACAACUUUUCAUCUAUUUGUUACCACUAGGCAUCCUAUUUGCUAAUCAUCAUCAUCUUAAAAAUACACUUUAAUGCAAAUGACUUUUUAGUAGUGUCACCUUGAACUUGUAUCAACAAAGUAAACAGACCUGCACCAUGUCACUCACUUUCUAAAUCUCAAAGUAAUUGUUCAACAGGUGAAUGGCUACAUUGGAGCCUGAAUGUUUUGGCAGCCAUGUGAGGUGAGGAUAUGUGAAGCACACAUUCAGUGCUUUUGGAUAGGUGUGUUUUUUGUUGGGUUUUUUUUUUUUUUUGCAAAAUAAGCAAUUUCAACAAGUAGUCUUCAAGUUCUCUAAUUGCCUCAAACAAUUCCUUGGUCCCAUAAAAUACAAGUAUUAUUUAGCCACAAGGCUAAAAUUAUUAGCUCUACAUCUGGAACAACACUUUUAGUGCUGCUUAUCUUAAAGUAAAAUAAAUGACACUUGUUAAGUGGUGAAUUAAUGUGAACUCUGCCAAUAUAUGUAGAAAGGAUAUAUAGAAAGUUUUUCUCCAAAAUGGAAAAAGACAAAGUAUAAUCGGAGGCAUUACAGGUUGAAGCAUGCAGGCCAUUACAAAAGAAUAUGAAAUGAAUUUAUACCCUCACACCCCUAGGAAUGACAGUUAAAGACGGAGCGGGGGCAGAAUUUUUUAAGAGUUCAUGCUUCAGCAAUUAAGGUAAUCACAAAAGAGCAUACCUGGACCUAUUAAAAGAUGCCAGUAUCGCCCUGUUCUGACUUGACUGGAUAGUUCUCCUCUGUUCAGGAUUGAGCGAUUACGGAUUCAACAGUCAGUUGUUAAUUUUGUGUGUUGAGCAUUUUCAUGUAAAACUGAAGUGUGAAUAACAUUAAAGAGUGCAAUAGAUAAAUGAAUGUAGAUAAAAUGAUAUCCAACAAAGGUGAGUUACAUAAAGAAUUUUGUGAUUCACUUCCAAUUGCUGUGGUGUUUAUUAUUGGGACCGGCGAGCAAAAGUGGCCAGAAGUAGCUGUGCGUUGGUUUGGGUAAGUCUGGGGACUAUAGUAAACUAGGGCCCUCUUUGAUCACGUGUUUAGGAAACUGGUGUGUGCAUGUGGGGGGAGGCCAGAAAAUCAAACAAAUCAUUUUGUGGAUGUAAUGUACCAAGCAGAAUCUACCCUGCAGAAUGUAAUCAUCCUGAGUUUUCUAACCUUAAAGCACCAUUAAAUGUCAGUUGUCUUGCAAGUACUGUGCAAUUGAGUCUUAAUUUCAGUUCAAAAGAAGAUAUACUUAAACUGAAAUUGUCCCCUGAAGAGAAUUUAGAGAAAGUGAAGUAUUUAGUGUCUACUCCAAAGCCCACUGAACACCACUGUAAUUCUCCGAUUGACUACAGGGGCUUGGACUAGGCCUUUAAUCCCUUACAGCAUCAUUGAGGCCCUUUCCUUUCCGUUUUUAUUUAGUUUAACAUUUUCUGGGAAUUUAUCAGUUUGUUACAAAAAUUUAAAAAGGAUGAAAAUCUGCAGAAAAAAAUUAACUUUGCACUUUUCUGAGUAAAUAUGGGGUAAAUAUCACUGCUUCUGUUUUUUGCUUUUCUUUUGUUAACUUUCAGAAAACUCCUAAUGGUCUGAAAGGUAGUCAGAGACAGUUUUUUAUUUUCAACCCAUUUUAGUAUUAAAACUAAUUCCCUAACUUUUAUCCAUGUUCUCUGUAAAGCUGGAAAUGGGCAUGAGAUUGACAAUCGUACAUAAGCCAGUAUUCAAGUAAUUCCCUGCUCUGGAAGCAGAGAUGGUGGCUUGAGCAACACUUCCUUUAACUUCAGUGGCAGUUUUGCUUGGAUAAGGAUUGCAGAAUUACUACAUACUAGUGAGGAAUUGUGGAACAUAAACAAAAUGCUUCUGUCCCCUAUAAUGGGCAUGGACUUCUUCUUUCCUGGUUUCUUAAAAUUUGUUUCCAUUUCCAGAACUAAUGCUUUCAAUUACUCAUUUUAAAACAGUUAGUGACAAUGCACCACUUACCUUUGUGUUAGUACCAUUGGACUGGGUAGAAAUCCUCCUAUUAUUUCAUAUAGUGCUAUAGCUUGAAAGCAAAUGUUUAUUUUCCGGGUUUGUCCACAACAAUACAUUCCCCAUCAUCGGAUCAAGCCCUUUUUUAUAUAUCUGUACACUGCAGACAUACUUCAUCUAUUAAGAAAAUAUUUUACACUGUAUAAUACUUGGAAGUAAGAGUUGUUACUUGCUUAACCCCAUUUUCUUUUCCAAAAAAGGUGUUUUUUUUGUGAGUGAAUAUGUACUGAAAGAAGGGGCGGGUGCUUAAGGGAAACAAAAUUAAUAUAACUGCUAAUUGUUGUAGAACAAAUUUGUAUUUGUAUUAAACAAAUGACCCAAACCACUGCAGUUUUCCAUAUUCUGUAUGUAUUUUAAGUGGUAGAAAUGAUCUUACCACCAUAUAGUAUAUUUAAGUUUCCAAAAGAAAAACUAUGCAAAAUGUAUGUUUGCUUUAAGUGUGACAUUCCUUCAACAGGACAAAACAUUUUCAC